UAUGCCGCUUCGGCUUCCGCGUCAGACCAAUUUAGCAUCUUCGGCUGCGGUUCUUCCCGACGAGCUGAUGGCGGAAAUACUGUCCUGGCUGUCCGUGAAACAUCUUAUACAAUUGAGGUGGUAGCAUUCAUGGUGGAGAUAGAGCGUUGUGGUAAUCUAAAAAAUGUGGUGAAAGUUUUCAGCUUGGGGGAUAAUUCAUGGAGAGAUAUUCAAUGUUUACCUGUGAUUCCACUUCAUUGGUUUGAUGCUCGGAACAACAAAGAUGUGUAUUUAAAUGGUACUAUUAAUUGGCUGGCCUAUUGCAAUCAGGAUUAUUCGAUGGGUGUUAUUGAAAAUUAUGUAAUUCUUUCGCUGGAUCUCUCCACCGAGUCAUACACUCAGAUGAUGUUGCCUCGUGGUUUUGACAAGGGACCGAAAGUUCAGGCAAAUAUUGCGGUUUUCAUGAAUUUUCUUUGUUUCUGUCGUGGUUUUGAGAGAAACCAUUUUGUUAUAUGGAAGAUGCAAGAUUUUGGAGUCCAAGAGUCUUGGGUUCAGUUGUUUAAAAUUAGUUAUCAGAAUUUCUAUUCAACCAUUGGUGAUUUAUUUGAUAUUCAGCAGUUGGAAAUGUUGCCGGUAUACCUUUCUAAGAAUAGUCAUACUCUGAUAUUGACUAAGAAACAUAAGGAACCAGCAUUUAUCUGUGAUUGCAGAGAUGAUAGAGUGGAGCGAAUAAGAAUUACUGAUACGAUUGGGUUGUUGUGGGCUAAGGAUCACAUUGAAAGUUUGGUUCCAACUCGUUGAAAGUGAGUUUUUAUUCAUGUUUGUUUUGUACUUAUUACAAUACAAGUUAGAGAAUGAUGUUUUCUAAAAGUAACUUGUAGUUAGAUUUCUGAUAUCACUAAGUUCCUGUGACCCGUUUAAGAUGACUAUUAGUGAUUGUGUAAAAUAUGGAAAGAGAAGCACUGAAAGGGGUUGAUGCAAAUUGACGAUGUUGAAGCAACACGCCAGAGCAUGAUUUUCAAUCAACUAGAAUGUGCUAUUGUCAUUGUCGCUCAAAUAUUUGCAUUGCUUUUUAGUUUACUUAAAUAAUGCAGAAUCACUCAA